AUGAGAAAGCAAGUAGAUGCCUAAUGUAUUAUGUUUAAAACUGCUCAAACGUCUUAAGGUUUAAGUAUUGAGUGGAAAUUAAAUAUAAACUUAUUAAAUAAAAAAUAAAGAGUGUAACAGAUAAAUUAUCAAUAUGCAAAAGUUUAAGGAUAAAAGAGAGAUAAGGAAUAAAAAGAUUUAGCUAAAUAAAUGUUAUAAAUAGAGGAAGAUAAGGCAAAGAUAUUAAAGGAAUAUGAGGAAAUAAAUCAACAAAGAUAUGGCAAAUAAAAGCAGAAAUAAUGA